UGGGAUUUCCAGAAGAAAAGAUCAAGGGGGAAUUAUCAAGAAUAGAUUCAUUUUCUGAAUAGUUAAACCUCAAAUGACCACAGCCUUGGCCCUUCAGACUCCAGAGAUGCAGGAGGGACUUAUAGCAGUGAAGGUAAAAGAGGAAGAGGGAGACCAUGCCUAUGGGCAAGAAUCUGGCCUGUCAAGAGAUAACCCUCACACCAGAGAGAUCUUUCGUAGACGCUUCAGGCAAUUCUGCUACCAGGAGACACCUGGGCCCCGAGAGGCUCUUCGAAGACUCCGAGAACUCUGCCAUCAGUGGCUGAGACCAGAGAUGCACACCAAGGAGCAGAUCCUGGAGCUGCUGGUGCUGGAGCAGUUCCUGACCAUCCUGCCCGAGGAGCUCCAGGCCUGGAUGAGAAAGCACCGCCCAGUGAGUGGAGAGGAGGCGGUAACUGUGCUGGAGGAUUUGGAGAGAGAGCUGGAUGAACCAGGAGAGCAGGUCCCAGUCCAUGAUCAUGAACAGGAAGAGCUUGUGAAGGAGAAAGCAACUCUAGGAGCAGCCCAGGAGUCGUCUGGUGGCCAGCUCCAAACCUUGGAAGAGCAGCCUCAGUGGAACUUGCGAGGCAUGUGCCCGGUUCAGGAGAUUGAUGAUGAGGCUGGGACUUGGAAUGUGGAGUUAGCCCCAGAGAGGGAUCUGUCUAAAGAAACGAAAUCUCAUGUGGAAGUACCUGAAAAAUUGAAUGGUAAUAUUAUUCCAGUGCCUGAGUGUGGAGAGACCUGUGACCACGAAGGCAGAUGGGAAAGGCAACGGGUAAGCUCUUCAGUGGAGAGACCCUAUAUCUGUGGUGAAUGUGGGAAAAGCUUCACCCAGAAUUCCAUCCUCAUCGAGCACCAGAGAACGCACACGGGCGAGAAGCCCUAUGAGUGUGAUGAAUGUGGGCGGGCCUUCAGCCAGCGGUCAGGCCUCUUCCAGCACCAGAGGCUCCACACUGGGGAGAAGCGCUACCAGUGCAGCGUUUGUGGUAAAGCCUUCAGCCAGAACGCUGGGCUUUUCCAUCACCUCAGGAUCCACACGGGGGAGAAACCUUACCAGUGCAGUCAGUGCAGUAAGAGCUUUAGUCGACGUUCUGUCCUCAUUAAGCAUCAGAGAAUUCACACUGGAGAAAGACCUUAUGAAUGUGAGGAAUGUGGCAAGAACUUCAGUUACCACUGCAACCUUGUCCAGCAUCGGAAAGUCCACCCUGUGGCUGAAUCCAGCUAGCUCCUUGGAA